ACCCAGGGCUGUGGCAUGUGGCGAGAUGCUCGCAAGCCGGAUGCAGACCGCCGGCUCCGGGCACCCAGCCCGGGCGGCAGUUGCCACGUAACGGCAGUUAGCGUCUCAUACGCUGGUGCCAAACACAAAUGUCAUCGCCAUCGGCAUCGCCAUGGCCACCACCGACACCAACGCAGUCCGGUUCACCCCGGUUACCGACCCCGCAUUCCCCUUGUGUAUCCGACCCGGAUCCGGACCCGGACCCGGACCCUGACCCGCCCCGCACCCCCACCACGAGUGUGAACAAACCCGUCGUUCUUCACACAACCCCUCCCGCCCAACAAUACCGCGUCCGCGCGAAACACAACGACGUCGGGCGCAGCUGUACACUACUGUACAGCGCAUUGUCGUUCUCCGCGCGCACCCAGCUUGACCAACCUGCAGGUUUGGCCCAAUCUGCCGUCGCGCUCCCGGCAGGUCAGGCCGGCGGACAGGGUCAGCCACCUCCCGCACAGCCGUCCUGCCCGCCGGUGCCCGUCUUGCUCCUGAAGGGCGCGGGCGCGGGCGCCGUAGGCGUGUAGCGUGUAGGUAGUAGGUUGAAGUUGGACGGCCGCGCGCCGAGCCUGGGGUUGACGAGGACGUACGUUCGUCCGCCUGUGGUGCGGGGUUCAGCUUGAGGCUACUGCUGCCGUCGAGCGGCAUGACGGUGCGCGCGGGUCAGAACCAGGUUGCUUGGCAGCACGCUGCCAGCUGUGGUGGGGUGGGUAGGUGGGGUUGGUGAGGGGCGCGGGACGGGAGAGUUGGUAUUACAAUCCAGUACUACCUACUAAGUACUCACGCUGAAGCAUGCUUGGAUCAAGGUCGCCGCGCCAGAGC